AUGUGCCAGCCUGUUUCAGAUUCUGUUAAUGCUUUUCAGGAGACAUCAGACACGAAAAAAGACCAAAUCGAUGGAACCAGCCUCAGCCUCCGCCAGAAAAAGGGAGUUAAGGUUUGUGGGAAAUACAUAACCCCAAUGGACUCCGAGAGAGAGGAGCCAUCUGUGCCCAUAGGGCAGGCCUAUGUCAGUGCCCAGCACCCUUCAGACACCCUUGUCUCUCUUGAGUCCCCACUACGAAGGCCCUCCGGUUCCCCUCAGAUUUGCCAACUAGAAGAUCCCAGUAAAUUGGAAAAUGAAGACUGGAACAGGGAGGAUGCAGUCCAGACUGGGGUGUCUUGUACACAUGCUAGCAUUCCAAAGCAGACCCUGGAGGACGUAAGGACUCUUCUUAGGGAGAGCUCCCUUUUGAGCAUACAGGGAAAGGAGGGAGACAAACCUGGGAGUGCCUACUCCUAUGUGCACAUGAUAAAGCCAGACAGCCAGCAGGAGGAGGAUACAAACAAGUGUUUCACCACCUUCAAACCUCAUGCUGGUUUUCAUAAGGAAUCCUUGUCCAAGGAUAUUCCCACCUCACCUCAGCCCACUUCCAAUUCAGAAUCCCCCAGAUCAUACACAUUUGAUGUGUCAGUAACCAGGCCUUCUAAUUCAAGGCAUCUCACUGCUGACAGUGCCACCUGGACAGAAGACUUGAUGUCUCAAACUGAUAGUGGGAAAGACACAAAGACAGACACCCAUGGAUCUCAAAGCUUCUCCCCGUAUACCUCAGCCAUUGGACACAUAAAACAGAGGAUUGCUCAGGCGGACAUCAGUUUUGUUCGGUUUGAGGCUACAGAUCUGCAUGGGGUUUCACGGUCCAAGACAGUUCCAGCCCGUUUGUUCCAGGAGAAAGCUGUACAUGGUGUAACAAUGCCAAGGAGCUACCUGGAGUUGACCCUGAGCCCAAAGGACAAUGAGGUGGAUCAUGUUAGUGCAGCCAACUUCAACAGCGAUGUACUCCUUAUCCCUGACCUCCCCACAUUCAGGAUCUUACCCUGGGCCAAUCAGACAGCUCGAGUGAUCUGCGACUCUUGCUCUGUCACAGGACAUCCCUUAUGUACAUCACCUCGCCUCAUUGCCAAACAGCUUCUGGGGCAGCUGCAGAGUCUUGGAUUCUCUCUGCACUCUUCUUUCACUUAUGAGUGCUGUGUCUUUGGUGUGCCAGAGAGGAUCAACUCCAAGACUCUCCUCUUCCCUGCUGCUACCUUACUGAGCAACCAUGACCUGCCCUUCUUUCAGCAGUUGGUCAGUAGCAUGUACUACAUGGGUGCUGAAGUUGAUAGCUUUGCUUCAGCUAGUGGGCCUGGGCAGAUGGAGAUAUCCUUUCAGCCUGAAUUUGGCAUUGGUGCAGCUGACAAUGCUUUUACUUUCCGCACUGGCAUUAAGGAGAUGGCUCGCAAACAUGGCUACAUUGCAAGCUUCUUCACCAAUGAUGGCUUCCACAACUGUGGUGUACUUUCCCACAGCCUGUGGGAUGUCAAUGAAAGGAGGAACCUCUUCUACUCAGAUGGAGGAGAGCUGUCAGAGAUUGGGAGGAAAUGGAUGGCAGGUUUGCUGCAUCACUCAGCUGCCCUCAGCUGUAUGCUGGCACCUGGUGUGGGCUGCCGUCGGCAGAUUGCCAAAGAUGUCAAAGACCCCAAGUGUGCACUCUAUGCCACUUGUGGGUAUAAUGAUAAUAACUGUACCUUUAAUAUUAAGUCCCAUGGUGCGAUGGGAAUGCGUAUAGACAACAAGCUUGGUUCUGCUAUGGCCAACCCCUACCUUGUCAUGGCAGCUACUGUAGCAGCAGGUCUGGAUGGAAUCAAACACAACCUCACUGUUGACAUGGGUCCCAACAGAAGUCUUACUGAACAGAGGAAAUUUGCUAUUCCUGUGAAACUGGAAGAUGCGCUGGCUGCUCUGGAAGAGGACCAUAUCAUCCGAGGGGCUCUGGGGAACUCAUUUGUGCAGUACUUUAUUGCUAUGAAGAGGUAUGAAAUUGAAACACAAGAAAUGGAUGCAGAGAGAAAUAAAUGCCUAGAAUAUUUUAUUUAA